GGUUCAUAGCCUGCACUACAAUCACAGACGGCAGUCAGGAGUGGGGAUGGAAGAAAAAACUCUGCAGCGCGAAAUGGACGUGAUCUUGGAUUUGGUCUGCCAUAGGUGGGGGGAGUUUGCCUCAAGCGGAUGCAGGACGCUGGUUCGGGGAUGGUAUUCGUUGGUACUCCGAGAGAGCUCUGGCUUUGGUAGGGACAUGUGUACGUCUGGAACGAACAAAAGGCGGCCAUCAUGUGGUCAUCGUUCAAGCCAAGCGGGAGCGUUACCAUUCAGGUCUUAAAUAGUCCGUGCGAUGCGCAGCGUACAGUGCUGCGCUCGGAGAACCUCAGCAGCAAGCACAUUCAUCAUUCGCGUGAUCGUCAUUGGGGUUGCGAGAAGGGUACUUCAAGAUUGAAAGAUAUUGGCUAUACAAGAUGGAAGUUGUUGGCACACGAGGACGUCCAGGAGUUCAUCUUGCAACGGUGGGCACAGCCGCUAUAGACGCACAUCCCUUCUCCCGUCCUAUCCUGCCCGGGCGAGCCCAGGCAGGUGUGUGACUCUACCAGGGCCCGUGCCCCUGAUCCUGGCGAGAGUGCAUCCAUCCUGUCCGCGCGAGUGAAUGAAGACAGGUGUUCAUUGUUCGGUGAAGCUGAGUGCGUCGACGUGGUGUCGAAGAUAUGAAAUUGACACGUGGUUGGGGAUUAUGCAAUCCAUUCCAACGCAUGGCUAUCCAUCGGAGGCGGGGCAAGCGUAGCUCGACGAGCC